UCCAUAGCUGGUGAUGCUUUAUCAUAAAUGGGGUGUAAACAGGAGUCACCUGUGUUGCUAUGGCGAUGAAUAAACAGGCCUUCAUUGAUUCAUUCUGAAUGUUGCUACUGUACCAGUUGAGUUCUGUUUUGAAAAUGGCUGAACAAGUGAAUCCUUUUGAGUCGAGGAAUGCUGUGGAAGAUGAUGAAUUUGACAAUUUCAUGCUCAAAGUCCAAGAGGUCAGGAAACUCAUGGAUGGCUUAACUUCUAAUGACAAAUCUGUUGCUAGUGAAGCACUCAAACUUGUUGAUAACUAUUUAGGCACCACCGAAAAGACGUUCAAUGAGGAUUCUUUAAAAGUGAAAACGAAUAAGACGGUUAUUAAUCAAAAGGCAUUUGACAGUAUGAAGAAGGAAGGCCAGCAAGAAACACAGAGUCCAGAAGACUUCAUGAAGAGCUGUGAGGCAGAUGCAAAAAGGAGAGCUGAAGAGAGAAGGUUACAAAAGGAAGCUUCUGAUACCUUGAAGAAACGAGCAAUUGCUGCGUUCAAUCAAGGAGAAUACGAGAAAGCGCUAUCGUUUUAUAACAAAGCCAUCAACGAAUUCCGUUGUAGCACCCAUCUGUAUAACAGUCGUGCAUUGACUUGCCUCAAGUUGAAGUUGUACGAGAAGACCAUUGAAGACUGUGAUCUUGUCUUGCGUUGUUUUGAUGAGAAAAACUUUAAAGCUCUCCUUUAUAAAGCGAAAGCUCACAAAGCUCUUGGAGAAGAAGAAGAAGCAGGUAAGUGUGUUCAACAAGCAAUCACGUUCCAUCCAAAAUCAAAAGAUGUUAUUUGUGAGUAUAUUAAUGAAAAUCCAACAGAUGAUAAAUAACAAAAUGUUCCUUAUUUUUUAUUGCAACAUAAGGAACAAAAAUAAACAAAAAAAAUCUGUAUGUUUUGUCUGUGUGUUUUUGUAUUUUUUAGAUUUGUAAUCGUAAAAUACUUGUUCAAAUCAAUGAAGUAAUUUUGGAAUAAAUAGCUGAUAUGUCUCAAAAUAUCUUUGCAAAUGAUAACUC